CGUAAUCCCUACCGCUGCCGUGCUCACUUCGAGUAAGAAACGACGAAGCGACGCCGCCAUUUGCUAGGACUGGGCUUGCUACUUUGCUAGUGAAAGAAAGUGCGAUGGCGAAACUUCGGCAGCACGAAAAAGAGCGCAAGACGGCGAGUACAGCGAGCAGCGUUCGUGGAACAACAAAACGCCGGAGUCGCGGACGGCAACGUGGCUCUCGCUUGGCGUCUCGCCAAGGCGCGGAGCGCUGGUUCGCCUCCCUGCCUCCCCUGACCGAUGCGACCGUGUCGGAACUCUUCGCCCACGCACCCGAACCGGCGUCCCAGGCGGGCGUCGCCGGUAACGUUGAGCAAGGGUCGACCGAACCGUUCUCGAUCGGUUUGAGGGGUCGAAACUCUUCCGAGGCUGGACGAGCUACUCGUCAAGUGCGCGCCGGAGUGGUGGUUCCGGAUUCUCGUCCGCCAUUCGAAAGCAGGGAUGACACGCCGGCUGUAGUCGACCACGCUCCGAAUCGGGACGCGGCGACUAAGUCAGCUGCGGCCGGUAGUUCGAGCUUCGAACACGAGCUCGCCCCAAGUGAGACGCGACUGCCGCCGAUACUGAUUGCGCGUGUCACGAGCCCGAACCACGACCCGACCCCGACCGUGGUGUGCUCCUGCAGUCGCCAGCCUGCUGCCGCUCAGGAUUGCGACCCGAUUCCGAACGUGUCCUCGUCGCCGAACUCAGCUUCGGAUCCGAUCCCUACUCCGAACGUGGCUUCGCACCCAACGUCUGAAGCCGCUGAUUGCGGGGACGUUGCCAUGGAAGAAAUGAGCACUUCAACGCUGUCCCCACUUCGGGCUCCGGCCGCAAACGCCAUGUCGACCACACCGGCGCCGAACCCUACCGCGCAGCCUGCUUCGCAGGCGCAAGCUCUCGCGCCGCUGGAGCCAUCGGCACUGCCGGUAGACCCGGAAAGCUGGACCAUCGACGACGUCGUGGAGUUCGUGAGACGGAUCCCGGGGUGCGCCCACUUCGCCACGCUGUUCCGUGUAGAGCAGAUGGACGGACGAGCCCUGCUUCUUCUCAAAUGUCGGCACCUUUUCGCCACUAUGAAUAUCCCCUUGGGUCCGGCGUUAAAGAUUACAAAUGCCAUACGCUCACUUCGAGGGAAGUAAGCACAGCGACCAAAUUGACCUUGCCAGGUCGGCCGGGGUCAGUGAGGUACACAACCCCGGCCCACG